UGGGCCUAUUGCCCCAGGGUCUUAGUUUGUUCCGUCCACAUACUUUACCCAUUCUCCAGGUGUUUGCCGAUAUGUCUAAUUUCGUUCGGCGAGGAUCGGUUGGUCGUGUCAAUUCCUCUAGGCUCUAUGCAUUUAAUCAAACCCUUAAAAAGGAUGCCUUGCGGGAACGCUCCUAUUGGGAGGUAAGUAAAGAUAGCCAUCCAAUUAAUCGCUGGACCUACCGCCGAUGGAAAAAUCGGAAGGAGGAGCUGGGUGUGUUUCAGGAUAAGCUCGAAAAGGUACCGAUUGACCAAAAAUUCAAGAUAAAGAAGCUGCUCGCGGUAGUAAAUAUUUCAGUUUUGGGUCCCAUUGUUUUGGUUGUCUACUUUUCGUUUUGCUAUUUGCGUUAUUAUGUGUGGGGCAUUACCCCCGCCGACGGCGCCAGCGCCAUUGCUCGUAGUAUUCAGAACCUUCCACGUCCCCCCGGUUAUUAG